AUGGAGGCUGUUGGGGGAGCAGCAGCGAGGCGAACGAUGCGUAGCCUGGUGCCUGUUCCCCCCCCGGCAAACGACGAGGCUGGGCCGGUGGCUCUGGAGUUGCCUCCUAAGCCGAUUCCUCUGCCUCUGAGUGGCCAGCUGAACCCCUCAGCAUUCAUAACAAAUUUAUGGCUGAGCGUUCGUCUGUGUUCCCGCGGCUUCUCCCGCUCCGAUUUGCUGCUGAUCGCGCGUAGCCUCCCCAAGUCCGAGAUAGGUGUGGGCCAAUCGCAGCCGGUUGUAUUCAGAUUGCAGAAGCCUGCAUGCACAGCUCUGCUGGCCCCCACUGGCACCCUUUCUAUUAUGGGGGGUAUCACGAAGGAACAAGCGAUAUGGCAGGCGUAUAGGGUGGCAUAUAAACUCAAAUACAGAAGGGAAGACGAAGGCCAGCAGGCAACGGUGGAGUAUCUGUGCCACCCGGAUAUCGAGUUCAAGCCAGAGGCAGCAUCUGUAUUACAGCUAGUUUGCCGCGUUGACUUGGGCGGAUCAUUUCGCCCUGAUCUGCCUGCGGUUCUGCAACACCCGCAGAUGCGAACUGUUGCGAUCGACACGCGCGACGGCGUGGCCGUUAGAAUACCCCAAAUUCAAGAAGAAAGCGCAGCCGCCGGAACCCCUCUCAGUGACGCGCCCGAUGAAUUUGGUGAGAAGAAAUGA